CCUGAUCUUGGUAAUGUUGUAUAAGGCAGAUUUGCAGGACCGGACUGUUCUAUCAAUGUGCUCUGUGAAGUUUAACUGAUUAAUAAUCACAACUCCAAUGUUCCUGGCUUUCCUAGAAGGAGUUAUGGCAGACAAACCCAGUUGAAUGGAGAGGUUGUGAUGAAGCGUUGGGUUGGCAGAGACCACAAGCAGUUCUGUCUUUGAGAGGUUUAGUUGAAGGUGAUGGUCCUUCAUCCAGCCAGAAAUGUCUGUCAGGGAGGCUGAUGUGAGCAGCUACCAUUGGAUCAUCUGGUUGAAAUGAGAAGUAAAGCUGAGUGUCACAAGCCAUGUUUACGAAUGACAGAUCCCAGUGUUGACGUGUAGAUGGAGAAGAGAAGCGGUCCCAGCACUGAGCCCUGAGGCACGCCAGUAAAGAGAUGUUGUGAGUAAGAAAUCUCACCCCUCCUGAAGAACCUACUGAGAGUAUCUCACCAGAGAAUCAAAACAAAGCCCUUCAAAUGAUGAAGCUGCAUAAGCUUUGCUGAAGAAAGGAAGUGGAAGCUCUUUGUGGUUUAGUGUCUCUGCAGUGCAUUGAAACCUUCAGUUUGAUCAAAGCUGUUACGAAUGAAAGACAAUGGAGAAGAUCUUGUUCUUUUGCGUUUUUUUGUACAGGAUUCUUCAGAUCACGUCUAGUGAUGUUUCAGAACAAGAUGCGACUCUGUUAAGAUUCCAGCUGAAUGGAGAAAUCAGUCUGAAGUGCAACAUGACCGGCAAAUUCGAAAUAAUAGCCUGGUAUCACCAGAAUCCUGAUUCUGGACAACUAAAGUUACUGAUGUCUGUCAUGGGCAACAUAUGGAAAAGCUAUCAAAUCGAUCAUCAGAGACUUAAUGCAAUGGACAAAGUCUCUCUAGUUAUUAAAAAUCUAACAGAGUCAGAUUCAGGUCUUUAUUUCUGUGGAACAAGAUCAGGAUAUUCAGUGAUGUACUUUGACAAACCCAUCAGACUACAGCUCGAGGACAAGCUGACAGACAGAGAGGACAAAGUUCAUACUGUCACAGAACCGCCAGAAGAUGUUGAGAUCACAGAUGGGCUGACAAUGCCAGAGCGUGUGCUGAUAUUCAGUGGUGUUGGACUGGCUGUGUUUGUGUUUUUUCUGGCUUCAGUCGUCACAGGAGGAAUCAUUUACUGUCACGGCUGGCAGAAAGGAUGGGCCGCAGCCAAACUUGCUGGUCUGACUGAUCAAAAAUCAGCUAAAUGACACAUUUGUGUGCUUUAUUUUACACUUUAUCCCAAUAAUCAGCAUUUUUGUAUGUACAAACAUCUAAACAUUCUUAAAUCAUGGUACAUUUACUGGAGAAGCAAAAUGACAUGCCUGGAGUUGUGUUUCCUGACAUUUAUAUAUGCCUGAUUUCGAUGCUGAGGAAAUACAUAAAGCAAAUUUGCCUGUGAACACAUCAUAAAUACAAUAUAAAUGGGUAUAAAUCUGGGUUAUAUCAAUAUGCAUCGAUCAGGCAUAACAUUAUGAGCACUGACAAGUGAAGUGAAUAACAUUGAUUAUGCCCAUGCUGACCCCUGUCUACCGCCGAAAGAGCCAACAGUGGACACGUGAGCAUCAGAACUGGACCACGGAGCAAUGGAAGAAGGUGACCUGGUCUGAUGAAUCACGUUUUCUUUUACAUCACAUGGAUGGCCGGGUGCGUGUGCGUUGUUUACCUGGAGAACACGUCACCAGGAUGCACUAUGGGAAGAAGUCAAGCCGGCAGAGGCAGUGUGAUGCUUUGGGCAAUGUUCUGCUGGGAAACCUUGGGUCCUGCCAUCCAUGUGGAUGUUACUUUGACACGUACCACCUACCUAAGCAUUGUUGCAGACCAUGUACACCCUUUCAUGGAAACAGUAUUCCCUGGUGGCUGUGGCCUCUUUCAGCAGGAUAAUGCUCCUGCCACAAAGCAAAAAUGGUUCAGGAAUGGUUUGAGGAGCACAACAACGAGUUUGAGGUGUUGACUUGACCUCCAAAUUCCCCAGAUCUCAAUCCAGUCGAGCAUCUGUGGGAUGUGCUGAACAAACAAGUCUGAUCCAUGGAGGCUCCACCUCACAACUUACAGGACUUAAAGGUGCCCUAGAAUGUCGAUUUCACAAGAUGUAAUAUAAGUCUCUGGUGUCCCCAGAAUGUGUCUGUGAAGUUUCAGCUCAAAAUACCCCAUAGAUUUUUUAUUAUACCAUGUUCAUGUUAAAAGAGUAUAAAAUAUGCCUUACUCAUCGACAAUAAAGGCCAGUGUCAUGUAUAUCUGUGGUUUUGUGGGGUAUUUUACAAAGGUUUAGAGGAAAUUAAAAGUUAAUAUUUCUCAUAUUAUAAAAGUUAACAUUACUCAUAAAUACUGGUUUUUAAAUGUUUUUCCCCAAUUAUUUCAUACAGUAUAUGUAAUUGAUUUCACUGCUUUAAAUUUCACUCAAUAUUUUUAAGUGUAAAAAUGAGUAAAUCAUAGUAAAAGUUUUUAGUGUAGUAUAGUUUUUUUUGUCAGUGUUUAUUUAAAAACAUCCAAUUAUGCAGAAUUUAAGAUGGUAAAUAUUAAAUUGAUGAGUUGUCAAUACAA